GAGGCGAGUGGGUGUGAGCCCUGUGUGGUUAGUUCCUGGAGCUGGACUUCCGGCGUGGUCCUCCCCUUGGCUUUUUUUGUUUUGCCUUGGCGUUUCUGGGCUUUGUUGAUCUAGCUGGAAGCUGGGGCCAGGUGAGCGGUUCCGCCGGCGGGCGGAGCGGAGCGAGCUGAGCUGCCCUGCGGUAAGGAGGCCCCGCUGCGGCCCAGUGACUCCGCCCACGUGACCCGCACCAGGCGGGGCUGGAGACUCCUGCGACCCGGACCGAUGGCUGUGUCCCCAUACAGGGACCCGGCACGGGUUCUCUUGUCUUCGGAACCGGUUAUGGGUCCAGGCCUGCAUGUGACCUUUGAGGAUGUGGCCAUUCACUUCUCCCAGGAAGAGUGGAUGCUCCUUGAUAAGGCCCAGAGGUUCCUGUACUGCACUGUGAUGCUGGAGAACCUUGCACUUGUGGCGUCUCUGGGUUCCUGUCCUGGAGUGGGGGGUGAAGAGGUAACUUCUGAGCGUGGUGCACCUCCAGAAGGGGUGAUGACCGAGGCAAGCCCAUCUACCCAGGAGACUCAUCUCAUUGAGACGCCUGUCCCAGCUUUGGAAGAUGUUUUGUGCCAGGCUGAAUUCCCAAGCACACACACUAUGCAGACAUUGUACUUGGCCAGAACAUGUGUGGAAAGCUCUGGUUUGAAUGAAGACAUUAACCUGUGCCAGAAGAGUUACUCUAUAGAAAAGCCCUGUGAAGGGGAUGCUGACAGGACUUCAUUUAUGUCAAGCUGCAGACCCCAUGCAUUGGUGAAGCCAUUCAUCUUUGGGAUGGAUGGGGAGAAGGCCCUUGCCUCUGCAGGCUUUCUUCAGCAGCAGGCCGCUUGUAGUAGUGAACAGUCUCACAGUAGCACUAAAUGUGGGGAAGCACUUUCGAGUGGAGAAAAACUUAGGUACGGUGAAGGCCAAAAAGGUUCAAGCCACAAACACACACUUGUGCAGCGUCAGAGUGCCUCCCCUGCAGAAAGGCCUCAUGAGUGUAGCAAGUAUGAGAAGACCUUCUCCUGCAAGUACAAACUUGCUCAGCACCAGGACAGUCACACGGGACAAAGGAUAUAUGAGCAUGCUCAGCUUGAAAAGUCCUUUAGCAAAAAGCGUCGCCUCGCUGCACAUGAUAGAAAUCGUCCCCAAGAAAGACCCUAUAAAUGUACUGAGUGUGGAAAAGCCUUUGUCUAUAAAUCUGAACUCAUUUACCAUGAGAGACAGCACGGUACUAGAGUCCCGUAUGAGUGUGUGGAAUGUAGAAAAUCCUUCACCUACAAAUCCAACCUCACCGAACACCAGAGAAUCCACACAGGGGAGAGGCCUUACCAGUGUGAUCAGUGUGGGAAAUCCUUCAGGCAAAACUCCAGCCUCUUUAGACACCACAGAAUUCAUACUGGAGAAAGACCUUAUGAGUGCUAUGAAUGUGGGAAGUCCUUUAGACAAAUCUUCAACCUCAUUAGACACAGAAGGGUCCACACUGGAGAAAUGCCUCAUCAGUGCAGGGACUGUGGGAAAGCCUUUAGCUGCAAAGCUGAGCUUGUUCAACACGAGCGAAUCCACAGCGGGGAAAGGCCGUAUGAGUGUAGCGAGUGUGGGAAACUCUUCAGGCAGUUUUCCAACCUCAUCCGGCACCGGAGAGUUCAUACCGGUGAUAGGCCUUACAAAUGCAGCGAAUGUGAGAAAUCCUUUAGUCGCAAGUUCAUCCUCAUCCAACACCAGAGAGUUCACACUGGGGAAAGGCCUUACAAGUGUGAGGACUGCGGCACCUGCUUCACCAGGAAGUCUGACCUCAUCCAACACCAGAGAAUUCAUACGGGUACAAGACCUUACGAGUGCGAAGAAUGUGGGAAGUCCUUUCGACAGUGCUCUAGCCUCAUUCAGCACCGGAGAGUUCAUACUGGAGAGAAGCCUUACGAGUGUGUCGAGUGCGGGAAAGCCUUUAGUCAGAGUGCCAGCCUUAUUCAACACCAGCGGCUGCACACUGGCGAGAGGCCUUACGAGUGUAGUGAAUGUGGCAAGUCCUUUAGCCAAAGUGCCAGCCUCAUUCAACAUCAGAGAAGCCAUAGUGGAGAAAAGCCUUACGAAUGUAGUCAGUGUGGCAAAGUCUUCACCCACAAGUCCGACCUUCUUCAGCACCAAAGGGUUCACACCGGAGAAAGACCUUACGAGUGCCGUGACUGUGAGAAAUCCUUUAGCCGUCGAUCUAAUCUUGUUCGACACCAGAGAGUUCACACCUAAGAAACUUCUUUAUUGUGUAAGAAAUGUGCAGUGUAGUGAGUUAAUGUAGUAACACUGGAGGAGACCAGCAGCCCUCUCUCUUGAGUUUAAAGAUAAUUGAUACAGGCUUUAAAAGUGAGAGUUAUUUCAGAUGUGUGGGAAAUGAUGAGGAGAUUCAUUUCAGUUUCUGGUGUGCCCAAGAUCAUAUCCUGAUUUAUGCCAAAGGCAAUGGUAGAAACCCCGUUGCCAUUGUCACCUGGAAGAUUGACACUGAGGAUGAGUGACCCUCCUGCAUGCAAACGUUCUGCUCUGCUCUGGCCUUGCCUUGGAGACCCCUCAUUCCCUUUUAGAGCAAGAAUCGUGUUUGGAAGUUGUGGUCUGAGUUGUGCUUUUGAGUUUGCUAAGGAAGAGUACCUUGUUCAGGUGGAAGUUUUGUUUUCAUACUGUGCUUGUGAUGAGUAUUUCCAGGUUAGAGUUCACCUACUGGGGAAAUACUUGCUGCAUAGAAUCUCUAGUUUUAAGUUUUUGGCAAGAUAGUUUGUUUAUGCGUCUUUCAUCUUGAAGGUCCUCUUCGUUCUGUGGUGUGACUUAUCAACUGACCCACGAUGUCAGCAUGACGGGGUGGACCAAUUUCAUAGAUAGCCUCAAUUUCUGUGUUCCGGAAGGUACAGUACAGCUGCAGGAAGUAACUAUGGAGUAUUGGUCUGAUUUUCAUGGCUGCCUCUCCUGCCCUCACAGGUAAGACCGUCAGGUUUUGUGUUCCUAUGAUGUUUGUGAUCUAAGAAGUCCUGGUGAAGAGGAGAGUUAUUGCAAUCCCAGAUGCUUCUGUAAACCACGUGAACAAUUAUAUUCACAUUUCCUCUGGGACGUCAUGUAAUUCCUAGCACUGUUAAGGGUAAUCUCUUCUGUGGGCCUUGCAUUGGAGCUAUUUGCUAUAAUGUGUUGACUAGUGUGCAGGGCAGCAAUUUAUGACUCAGGCAGGGACUUAGUUAAUAGAUAUAGAAAUCAUCUCACAUUUUCUCCACUGUGCUUGUAUGUGUGUUGGUGCACAUGCACCAUGACACAUGUGUGACGGUCAGAGGGCAGCUUUUUGAGAUGAUUCUGUUCUACCGUGUGGGUUCCUGAGAUUGACUUCAGGUCAUCAGGCUUUUGGCAAGUGCUUUUGCUUGCUGAGGCGUCUCUCUGGCCCUGGAACAUGCUUCUACUAAAAAUUCAUCCAUGGAUGUCCUCAAGACCUUUAUGACUGUUUUUGUGAAUUUGUAUAUUUUUUCUUCUCUGCCUUGGGCCAAAGCUGUACAGGCAGGAAAACAAGAAGGGGAAGAUGGUUUUCUAGGGUAGGGCGUAAUUCUGACCUGUGUGUGAUUCAUGAGGCAGUAGCUUUUAUUACUUAACCAAAAUUGGCUUCUCUCGGGUUCUGAGAAGAACGAUGGUGGAAUCCACAUUAGGUUGUGGGAAAUUUUUGAGAACAUUGGGACAUCUAGGUAUAUUAUUUCGAGAUACUUUUUAUGGCUUCGUUUGUUUGUGUAAGUGACACUUAACCAAGUCCGUGGCGUGGUACUAUGGCUUGUGCAUGUAGUUCCGGUUUCUAGGAAGGCUGAGGAAUGAGGAGUCCAUGGGGCCAGGAGUUUGAGACUCAAUGAGGGCAACACAGCAUAACCCUAGCUUCAAAAACAAAAGCCCAGUUGGUAAAGUCUUGAAAUCAUUACGGUUAUGAAAACAAAUGUAUUUGUCUUCUAUAUAUUUGUGACAUGCUGUUUUAUUAUCUUUCCUAUGUCACCUGGCAAACAAUGUUUUUUUUUUGUUUUAAUUUGAACUUUAUUUUAUGUGUAUGUGUGUUUUUCCUGCAUGUACGUUUGUACACCACUUGCAUGGUUAGUACCUGUGGAGGCCAGAAGGCUCUCCUGGGGCUGGCAUUACAGAUGGUUGUGGGCUACCAUGUGGUUGCUGGCAACUGUACCCAGGUCCUCUGGAAGAAUGCCUAGUGCUCUUAACUGCUGAGCCAUCUCUUCAAGCCCUGAUUUAUCUUAAACAGAUUAGUUUACAUCAUUUGAAAUUUUAAAUUACUGUCCUCAUAAAAUGUAUGCUUGUGUAUGUGUAGAUGUGUUGUAUAAUUCAAGGUUCAUCAGUGAUUCUUUUGUUUGUUUUUUGUUUUUGUUUUUUUGAGACAGGGUUUCUCUGUGACAUUGGAGAUUGUCCUGGAACUAGCUCUUGUAGACCAGGCUGGUCUCGAACUCACAGAGAUCCGCCUGCAUCUGUCUCCCAAGUGCUGGAAUUAAAGGCAUGUGCCACCACUGCCUGGCCCUCAUCAGUGAUUCUUGUACGAAACAUUGCUGGUGUUGCUGAGCAAUAUUUUGUAUGGAACAACUGUUUAUUUGUGACCUUAAAGCUGCUGUUAGCAUUUCAGUUUUCACACCGCUGUGCGAUUUAAUCACUUUGUGUUAAUAGAUUGUAACGCUAAAGUUACAGAACAGUUUAGGUAAUGCCAACUCUGAUGUGUCUGUUCUCUAGUGCAUUCUCGCUAGCAAUAUGUAAAAGUGGCUGUUGCUCUCCAUCCAGGCAUGUACACGAUAUGGCAUGUCCUUUAAGAUUUUACUCUACUUAGUGUAUUGUGGCAUUUCACUGUGUAUUUCAUUGCAUUUCCUUAAGCAUUCUGAAAUAAAACACUCAUUUUGUUGGCUUAAUUGUCAUUUGCACACCUCUAAUAAAAUGACUGUUCAUAUA